AUGGCUAACCCAAGCUUAGUCAUCCCAGAACGUUUAUCUCAGGCGUUAGUCAUUCCAGAACAUCUAUCUCGGACAGGCGGAGACGGUCUAAAGUUGAAAGACAUCAGCUUUGUUAGUGCCAUACGGAAAUCUGCUGGAGACAACAAACCUGGAGUUGUUGUCGCCACUUUCAAGUCACAUAAGGACAAGAGGCGGGUGAUGAUGGAAAAAAUAAAGUUGAAAGAUAAUCGUCUGUAUGACAAGGUAUAUAUUAACCAUGACCUCUCUCCAGCGGAGUGUUUAAUGACAAACAAUUUUAGAAUGGCUUUGAAUGGCUUGAAACAGCAUGGUUUGACCUUGAAAGGUAAUCGAGUUGUGAGAAAGGAUAGUUCUGGUGGUGACCGGUCGAGAUGGAAUGACAGGUCGGGCUCCCCUGUCCAGACUAGAAGGAAUAAUGAAGUUAAGAAAGCUGUGCCUGUAGAGGUUUUGAAAAGUGAGGCAGCUGUGUACUUUUUGCAUGUUUUGCUUAAUGUGUGUUUUGACUCUGGGACAGUCCCGAGUCUUUGGGGUAAAAGUAUUAUCAACCCUAUUCCGAAGUCUGCCACAGCUGAUCCACGAGACCCGCUCUCUUAUAAGGAGUUAACAGUGUACUUGAAGUCCUUUGAUAUAGGAAUUGAUGUAGGUGGUGAAAAAGUUUGUAUUCUGCUUUACGCAGAUGAUAUAGUUUUGUUAUCUAGCAACCCUAAUGAUUUACAGUUACUGUUAAAUGCACUCUCUUCAUGGUGCGAUGCCAAUGAUAUGACUGUUAAUUGUAAGUAUCAUAAAGCCCAGCCUUUUCGUAAAGAAAUAGAGGCUGAGGAUCAGCUUGGUCAGCGUAUGCCGCUGAUAUACGUUGUAGCAAAACUUAUCGAAGCCCUGAAGAACCACUUCAUAGAUAGUUUGAAACAAAAGGGCCAAAAUAUGGAAACGGAUAAAAUACUAUGGGUGGUAACGGUUCCUGCAAUUUGGUCAAAUGAGGCAAAAUCAUUGAUGAGACAAGCUGCAGAAAAGAGCGGUAUCAACAAGAAGAAUUUACUACUUGCACUCGAACCUGAAGCAGCAGCUAUUUACUGCAUUCACCUUCCAGAUGAGCAGCGGGCGAACAUGAAUGAUCUUGGAACACCGGGGCAAGUUUUUCUCACAGCAGAUCUAGGAGGGUUAACUGCCGACUUAUCUGCUGUCAAAGUUCUAGAGGAUGGUUUUCUAAAAGAAAUUUGCCGAGCCAAAGGGGAACUUGCUGGUGGCCAAAAUGUCAAUGAUGCAUUCUUUCAAGUUUGCUAUGACAGCUUUGAAGGCAAUUCUUGGAAAGAAACGUUUAAAAAGGCCACGCCCACGGAGAUGUUGGAUAUGGAAGACGACUUUGAGCAGAAGAAGGUUAAAAUUGGGAUUACUGAUCGUAGAGCUGAAAAUAUCACACUCAAGGUCCCAUACGUUGUAAGGAAAGAAAUAGAAAAUGAUACCAUACGACUGAAGAAGACAUCGGACAUUAAUAAAAAGCUGAUGAUGAGAAAUGAUGAGUUAACUUUUAACUCUGAAUUCAUUCGAAACACCCUCUUUAAAGAGACAUGCUUAAAUAUUUGCAAAAUCAUGCAAAAGGAGCUGGAAAAAGAAGGAUUGCGAGAAUGUAGAACAAUUGUUUUGGUAGGAGGUUUCGCAGAGUCACCAAUAGCCGUCCAGCAUAUCCGAGAAAUGGUUGAGGAAUCUUUUCCUCAAAUCAAAGUUGUUGUACCAACUUCCCCAUUUCAAGCUGUUUUGAAAGGAGCUGUACUAUAUGGGCAUGAUCCGAUGAUAUUCAGAAGUCGCAUAUCGAGAUUCACGUACGGUAUAGGGACAAAUUCUCUCUUCAACGAGAAAAUACAUGAUGCAAAUAAAAAAUGGCUAAAUACAGAAAAUAAAAAGUUGUAUUGCAAGGACAUCUUGUCGGUUCAUGUUGAAAAAGGGCAGUCGGUGAUUUUGAAAGAGCAGCUUGAGCAUCGUAAGUACCAACCAAUGUAUAAAGAUCAGAAGAGUUUCCAUUUUUCUAUUUUUGCGUCGACGGAAGUAUCAAAGGAAACAGCUGGAACUGAAGAGCCUGAAAAUAUAAUGUACACAACAGAUGAAGGGUGUCAAAGGAUAGGUGAAGUUGAGGUACAGUCUCCAAACACAAGUCGUGGAACAGACAGAAACCUUCUUGUUACGAUGGUUUACGGUGGCACAGAACUAUCGGUUAUCGCAAAAGAUGAAACAAGUGGCAAUGAAGUCAAUGCCGAGAUUAAGUUCAGCAAUAUGUAA